AUGAAGCUCACCGAGACAAUCGUCGCUGCCGUCCUCGGCCUGGCUGCCGUUGUCAACGGCCACAUGGAGAUGAUUAGCCCUCUUCCCUUUCGCUCAAAGUACAACCCCGCUGUCACUGCCGACGACAGGGACUACUCCAUGACCUCUCCUCUCGAUAAGAAUGGAACCGAUUUCCCCUGCAAGGGCUACCACAACCUUCUCGGCACUCCUUUGGGUGCGUCUGCGGCCACUUGGGCCCCUGGUGGCUCCUACAGCUUCACCGUUACCGGCAAUGCCAACCAUGAUGGGGGCAGUUGCCAGGCGUCGCUCUCAUACGACAAGGGCCAGACCUUCAAAGUCAUUCACUCGUACAUAGGCGGAUGUCCGCCUGCUAAGGGCGAUUCCAGCUACCAAUUCACCGUGCCCACUGAUGCCCCUGCUGGUGAGGCCUUGUUCGCCUGGACUUGGUUCAACCGGGUUGGUAACCGCGAGAUGUACAUGAACUGCGCUGCUGUCACCAUCGGCGCUGGCAAGAAACGCGAUGCUUCUACCCCGUUUUCCAGUCGCCCUGACAUAUUCGUUGCAAACGUCGCCAACGGCGUCUGCACCUACGAGGGAAAGGAUGUCCAGCUCCCGAAUCCAGGCCCAGAUGUCGACUACAAAAGCCUAGGCACCGUACCUCCUGGACCGCCUCCUGGACAGGACGAGUGCGGCCAAGCUUCUAAUGCUCCUGCUGCUCCUCCUGCUGCUCCUCCUGCUGCUCCUCCAGCAGGCCAACCAAUCGCUUCCCCUGCACCAGCUCCAGUCGUUGCUCCAGUUGUUGCUCCGCCUCAAGCUACUCAGCCUGCGGAGACGUAUCCUUCUGCUUCCAAGAUUCCGGGUGGUGUUUUCAUCACCUCACCCGUGGGACAGCCAGCAGGACAGCCAACAGCAAAGCCGACUGCUCCCGUCAGCCUCACAAUUGCGACUUCUGCCGCUGCUUCGGCUCCCGCCGCUCCUCAGCCAACCAAGCCAGCCAGCGGUGGUUCCAGCCCGUCCAACGGCGCGGUCACCGCGGGAGCAGCUUGCUCCGGCGAGGGCCAGUGGAGCUGCGCAUCUGAUGGAAAGUCGUUCCAGCGAUGUGCCUCCGGAAUGUGGUCUGCCUCUAUGCCCGUGGCGCCGGGAACUUCGUGCCAGCCUGGAACAAGCGACAAUCUCACCUUGGUGAACAAGCGAGGCGGUUCUGACUUUGUUCGGAGACGACGCUUCGUCCCUGAGCGAUUCCAGCGUGAACGCGCUCUAGCUUAA